AAAACGAACCAAAAAAAUAAUAAAAAAAGAAUUAACGGCGGCCCGCGCCUGGAGAAGGAACGGCACAGGCUCGGGCAGUCAUUCAAAAGUAACGGAAGACGUUUAAAAAGGAAUUGGAUGUCUGUGUGGGGGCCGCCGAGCGCCGGCUGGGUGUGUGGUUCAGCCGAGGGUCAGGGAGCGCAGGCGGCUCCUCCUUCGGGCCCUCCUCUCGGGCCCCAAAUCUCCUCCUCCUCCUCCUCUUCCUCCCCACCAAUGUCCAUUUCAAAAUGGCUGGGAUCCCUUUGUAUUUUGUGGAUUUGCAGGAUGACUUAGAUGAUUUUGGGUUUGAAGAUUAUGGACCAGAUUGUGAUAGCAUGAGGAUAACUGCAUUCUUGGACAUUCCAGGGCAGGAUAAUUUGGCUCCACUUGCACGUCUGGAAAAAUACGCCUUUAGUGAUAAUAUAUUUAACAGGCAAAUCAUUGCUAGGGGUCUACUUGAUGUCUUUCGAGAUUUCAGUCAGAAUGAAGAAGAUUACUUGACAGUAAUGGCAAUAGUGGUCCGGCUCUCUGAAGAUACAGAGCCUACUGUGCGAACAGAACUAAUGGAGCAAAUACCGCCAAUUGCCAUUUUUCUCCAGGAGAGUAGGCCAAACUUUCCAACAGCUUUUUCUGAAUAUCUUAUGCCCAUUGUAGUGAGAUACCUCACAGAUCCAAAUAACCAGGUUAGAAAAGCAAGCCAAGAUUCAUUAUUGAUACUCCUGGAACAACAUCUUGUUGCUCAACAUGAUAUUGAAAAUAAAGUGUGCCCUAUCCUAUUGGACCUCUCUGCUCCAGAUAGUGAUGAUGAAUACAAGGUAGAGGCUGUAAAUAUAAUAUGCAAAAUGGCUUCUAUGGUGAACAAAUCUACUGUUGAACGUUUGCUUCUUCCCCGAUUCUGUGAGCUUUGUGGUGAUGGAAAACUGUUUCAAGUCCGGAAGGUUUGUGCAGCCAACUUUGGCGAUAUUUGCAAUGCAGUUGGGCAAGAAGCCACAGAAAAGAGUUUGAUUCCAAAGUUCUUUGAGCUGUGUUCUGAUAGUGUUUGGGGUAUGCGGAAAGCUUGUGCUGAAUGCUUUAUGGCUGUCUCCUAUACCAUUUCACCGGAGAUUCGAAGAAGCAAAUUAUCUCCCCUCUUCAUCAGUCUCAUUAGUGACCCAUGCAGAUGGGUUCGUCAAGCUGCUUUCCAGUCCCUUGGGCCAUUCAUAUCUACUUUUGCAAACCCUUCUAGUGCUGGUCUGUAUAUUCGGGAGGAUGGAACACUGAGUAUACAACCAUCCAACCCAUGUCUAACAGGCAGUACUGAAAACAUCAUGCCAUCUAGUUCAGAGGAGCCAAUGGAAAAUAAAUUGGAAUCAUUGGCAGAGGGACCUUCUGCUAACGGCACACCUAAUUCUGAAAAAUCAAAUUCAGAUGCUCAAGAAGAAAGUUCAGCUAUAUGUGUUGAUUUUGCAGCAGAUCAGACUGCAUUGAGUCAAAGUGAUAAUGCUGAUCUUUUCAUGACUGAAGAAAUUAAAGACUGCCAAAUCAGUAAUUAUCAGGGAAUGAACUCAAGGAUCCAGUCUGCAGAGGAUGUCUUCAAUACUUUCUUAUACUGGCGUCCUCCGCUUCCUGACAUCAGUGAGGAUUUGGAACUGCUUCAGUGCAAAACUGAGGUACAUGAGGAGAACUGCUCAGUUUCAGAGGUUCUUUGUAAUAACUGUGUUGCCAGCAGUGAAAUUAAAAAAGUUCUGCAAAGUUUGCAGGAGCACAUGGAUGAUCCGGAUGUUCAAGCUCAGGUUCAAGUAUUAUCUGCUGCACUCAGAGCUGCUCAUCUUGAUUCUGUCAAUGAGUAUGAGAUGAAGAAGAAUGAAGAAGUUAAUGGUAACCACAAGGCAGAUGUGCCCCAUUUGGACCAGGAUCUCAAUGCGAUGAAGGAGAGCGCUUUGUCUUCAUUAUCAAGCCAGAGGGAGGUGAUUAAUCCAUCUCCCCCAACUGUAAUACAAAAUGUUGACUCAGAAGAGAAGCAGAAUGGGACUAACAAAGUAUUAGAGGCAGAAGGACAUGAAGGACAUGAAGAUGAUAAAGAAGAUAAAUCAAAAUUACAGGAUAUCAUACCUCAGCCAUUGUUAGACCAGUACUUAUCCAUGACAGACCCUGCUCGAGCACAAACGGUUGACACUGAAAUUGCAAAACAUUGUGCGUACAGUCUUCCCGGCGUAGCCUUAACACUGGGCAGGCAGAACUGGCAUUGUUUGAAGGACACAUACGAGACCUUGGCAUCUGAUGUGCAGUGGAAGGUGCGUCGGACACUUGCUUUCUCCAUUCAUGAGCUGGCUGUUAUCUUGGGAGACCAGCUAACAGCAGCAGACUUAGUGCCAAUUUUCAAUGGCUUCUUAAAAGAUCUGGAUGAAGUGCGCAUUGGGAUCCUAAAACAUCUGUAUGACUUCCUUAAGUUGCUUCAUGUUGACAAAAGGCGUGAAUAUCUUUACCAGCUUCAAGAAUUUGUGGUUACAGAUAACAGUAGGAAUUGGAGAUUUCGUUACGAACUUGCAGAGCAACUCAUUUUGAUACUUGAACUCUAUAAUCCUAAUGAUGUGUAUGAUUACUUAAGGCACAUUGCACUAACUCUCUGUUCAGAUAAAGUCUCUGAGGUCAGGUGGAUAUCCUUCAAGCUGAUUGUGGCAAUAUUACAGAAAUUUUAUGUGAACCGUGCAAACUCUCUGGGAUUAAAUUUCAUUAAUGAGCUGAUUAUGAGGUUCCGCCAUUGUUCCAAGUGGGUUGGAAGACAAGCAUUUGCCUUCAUCUGCCAGGCAGUGGUGGAAGAGGAAUGCAUGCCUGUCGACCAUUUUGUUGAGCACCUGUUGCCCAGCCUGCUCAGUCUGGCUUCUGAUCCGGUGCCAAAUGUAAGGGUUCUGCUUGCUAAAGCUCUGAGGCAAACACUGUUGGAGAAAGCAUAUUUUAGAAGUGUGGGCAACCCUCAUCUGGAAGCUGUUGAAGAGACUGUUCUUGUUCUGCAAACAGAUAGGGAUCAAGAUGUUUCAUUUUUUGCCACGAUCAAACCAAAACCCAACAGUAUACACAUUACUUCACUUGAAAAACAAAAUUAAUUUUGCUUGUUUCUGCGGACCAGAAAAUGAUUACUCAGCUUACAGAUUUCUGCUUUGGCUACUAACCUGGUGGAAGACUGUGUCACGUAUCCAAUGCAACCCAAGGAGAAAGGGCUUGUUCUUUAUUCAUGUACUUAAACGAGGAACACAUUGACCUUUUAUCAAAAAACUGGCAAUAGUGAUAUGAAAUACUCAUGAACCAUACAGUUUCUAGAUGUUUUUUUCCCUCUCAAGAAGGUUGGUAUAAUGUUUGUCUCUACAAAGGUUCAGUAUUGUACGUAAACAGUCAUUUGAAUUAAUACACAUUCACAACGUCUGCAUCGUUCCAGAGAUCAGGAAUAUGUCUUUCUAAUAAGCUCACUCAAAGACUCAAAUUAGUUGCUUGGCUACAUUUCAGUGUGCCAUCCAAGCUUAGAGCUAUUCUAGCUGGUGAACAUGAAAAAUGUGGACAGUUUUACUCAUUUUGUUGUAAAUUGUUCCAUUGGUUGGUGACAUCCCCAAAUCACUCCAAGUAUGUAUCAUACGGUCCAGAAAUAUGGCUAAGGAUUCAGAAAAUAUGAAUUUUACCUGUUACAAGUAAUUUUUAAAAAGUACAGCACAGUUGUCUUGUUAGAGAAAAAGUAAUUUUCAGAGGUCUGUCCCCCUUCUGAGAGUAGAUGGCUAUGUUUUUAAAAUGACAGAGGGCUUCACUUUAUGAAUUUGUAGCACUGUGUAUGCACAUGUGAGUGUUAACUUAAAAAAAUGUCAUAGUGGUAACUUAUUUUCAUUCCUGCAAUUAACCCACAGCACCUUUCUGCUGGAGCUGUGAUAUAUAUGCUUCUAAGUUACAUUACAUUUCUCAAACAACUUAAUUCUGAAGUAAUUCUUGUAUAGUUAUUGGAGUUACUCCAUAUUAAGUGGUUUUGAGGUUUCUGGGCAUAGAUUUGUUCUGAAGUUUUGGUUUUCUUUGGAAAAUACAGAGUGAGAUCGGAAAUAUAAAUUCCCUAAAAAUGCAUACCUAGUACUGGUUUAUGAAUGAAGCUCAAAGCUCAGGGCAUCUGGGUUUCUGUCCUCCUGCUAAUGAAAGCUGUUCAUUUUUGGAAGGUCUUUGGAAGUUUUGUUACAGAGUGUGGUAUCCAGCCGCUUUACCUGUGUUCACAUAGGAUUUUUUAAAUCUUUCUCUUGACCAACUGCAUUCUCUAUCAAAAAAACUGCUUGCAAAGUCUAGAGCCUUUCCAGAGCAGUAUUCCAUUUGGUAUGAGGCCCAAAAAAAAUGUCUUCUAUAGCCAUCCAGAAGAGAAAAAGAUGAAUCUCUCUGUAUGUAUAUUUUCCAUGCGUUCACGGACUUCUCAGGAUUAUGACCAUUCUGGUUUUUUGGUAGAAAUGGGGAUUGAAGUAAUAUAAUGUCACUUUUCUGUGAUCUCAGACAGAAUACAAAAAACCAAACAUACCACCCAGAAGUAUAAGUGGGAAAGGAAGGAACUGGUUGAGACAAGUGUAAUUGGAAUACAGCUAACAUUAUAUUAUGUGUUUGGAAGCCUUGGGGUUAAAAUGAAACACAAGGUUGAUUCAUAUUGUGUUCUUUAUUCAGGAAUCGUACUAAUACCCUGUCUUUAGUUAUGUAUGAAAAUGUGACCUGCAAAAACGCAAUACUUGCAACGUUUCUUGAAACUCCAGGAAUCAGAACCCCAGAUUAUAUGGUUUGUACAGAAGAUGAUGAUGUAUAGGACUUAGAUGCUCAUCAGGAAUCAUUCAGAGUUCUGUUUUUAAUUGUUGAGGUUACAUAGUGUGAAUUUUCCAUAGAACCAUUACAAAAAGAUCUUAAGAUUUGUGAAGCAAUAUCCUCUUCAGGUUUUUUACAUGAGUGUGCAGCCAUUAAGCAUUUAAAUGGGGGGAAAAAAACCUUCAGAGGGAACACUAAUCUUUUGGAUCUUUCCAUUAAGUAGUUGUAUUGUCUGGAUUGUUGGCCUAAUUCUUGAUAUGUUUUCUUGAUUUUAAAAAAUUGGUUUAAUUUGCCACAAUUGCCUACCAAAAUCUGGACAUAAUCACAUGAAAGAUUCUGUUCCAGACUGCAAUACAGUGUUUAGCAUUUGUAAUAACAUUCAUUGCUCUGCGAGAUCCUACAGCGCUUUUAGAAACAAUCUAGAAACGUGUCCUUGCUUUUUCAGUAUGCCACGCCUAAACUCUGUUAAUUCUGCAAGGUGGUUCUACACUUAAAUUUUUUAAUGUGUUUAAAACAAAAUGCCUCCUCAAUGCAAAUGAUUUUUUAUGACUGCAGUUGCUCAACAAAAGUACCAAAUUUUUUGGUAGUUUUAUUAUCUUUUUCUAAUGCUAACAUUAUACAAGUAUUUUUUAACAGUUCAGAUUUUUCUAAAAUUGUUCUAACCAGGUUUUGUUUGUGUUGACCAUUACAGGUCAUUAAUUUUUUUCAGCACUGAUCAUAAUUUUUUUAAAGUGUACAUAGAAAUGUUUGAGUAGAACUGUAUAUAGUCUGCUGUUUGGACUUUAAAAAUAAAGUUUUGGCUGCCGUGUUAAGUUUUAUAUUGAUAGGUACCCUUUGCUACACUAGCCUACUACAUACCAUAAGCUUCCAGGGGCUUUUGUUUCAUGAAGUUAUUGUUUAGCUAGUAUGAUUUAUGCAUGAGUAAACUGUUUAACUAAAUUUUGCUGAAAUUACAGAUCAACUUUGUUUUUGUUUGUUUGUUUGUUUUCAUUAAAAAUCAGCACCUUUUCCUAAAUCCAGGGGUUUUUGAUUGUUUUUAAAAUUACAUUUUUGUUAAGUUUUUAAAAGGUGUUUAAAAACCCAUAGUUGCAUGCACUAGAGAAGAGAAUUCUGGGCACUUCUGUCCAACGUUCACUUUUCACAUUUCUUCACCUUCUAAUCCUUCUUCAUCCUGCAUUGAUGUUUUUGAAUAUGAAUUAUUAUAGGCAGCGGAUGUAAGUUGCAAAAAACUGCACAGGCACAACCUCCAUUUAUUUAAUGUGGCUUGUCUGUAGUUUCUACAUAAAUGCCACUGAAAUGUAUGCAGCAGCCAUUGUUGAAUUGUUCCCCAAUACAAUGUAUGCAUGCCUAGAUGACAGCACCUUAUUACAUCCCUACUGGAAAAAAAACCCAAAUGUAUGUAAUUGAGAGUGAAGCACCAUAAUCCUAGAAAUGAUAAUGAAAAACACACAGUGAGCAAAAGUUGGUAUGUAGUUGCCUCAGGAAAAAAAAUGGCCAGGUUUUCCCUUUUAAAACAUGUUUCACUAAGGAUAAUGAAAAGAAACAUUAGUAGUGCAAUUUUGAGAUACUGAGCACUUGUAAUCCAAAGCACGCCAUUUAUUUUUGCCUAGAACUCAACUCAAAUAUGUUCUUAUUUGCUGCACAUGGUUCUAAAUUGGGCAUCUCCAAGAAUGCUGCUCAAGUGGCAGUUUGCAUGUAAAGGAUGGUGUUUAAGGACACUCCGAAAGUGCCACUGACUCUGCCAGAACAUAGGACUGAUGUAACUUUCUGUUCAUAUUUAUCUCAAUAAAACCCGUGUCUGUUUUAUCAAA